AUGGACAAAUAUCAGAAAAUCGAAAAGUUAGGAGAAGGGACAUAUGGCAUAGUUUACAAAGCACAAAACAGAGACACUAAUGAAAUUGUAGCUCUUAAGCGGAUAAGGCUCGAUAAUGAAGAGGAAGGGGUUCCAUGUACUGCUAUUCGUGAAAUAUCAUUGUUGAAAGAGUUAAAACAUCCGAAUAUUGUAAGGCUACAUGACGUCCUUCAUACUGAAAAAAAAUUAACGUUAGUAUUCGAGUAUCUUGACUCGGAUCUUAAGAAGUAUCUUGACUCUUACGGUGGAGAUCUUGAUCCUCAAACAAUCAAGGAUUUAAAACCGCAGAAUUUACUGAUUAACAAGAAAACAGAACUCAAACUAGCAGACUUCGGUCUCGCUCGCGCAUUUGGUAUUCCUGUCCGUAGCUAUUCACAUGAGGUUGUGACUUUAUGGUAUCGUGCCCCAGAUGUGCUAAUGGGAUCGCGACAGUAUUCAACCUCGAUCGAUGUCUGGUCAGCUGGAUGUAUAUUUGCCGUUUUAGGGACGCCAACAGAAGAAACAUGGCCAAGAGUAUCGCAGUUACCAGAAUACAAACCGGAUUUUGAGAUUUAUCCGCGGAUGCCGCUCGAACGGUUCAUACCAAAGCUGGACGCUCUCGGGAUUGAUUUACUGAAAUAUCAGCCAGAAAAGCGCAUUGGAGCCGAAGCGGCUCUACAACAUCCAUACUUUGAUGAAAUCAGAAAAAAGGAACAAUCAGCUGCGCAGGCUGCCGGAGUGACUAUUCAUCAACCGAACCCGAGUUAA